AUGAGUGAAAAAAAAGAUUUUGUAGAUUCAACAUUUAGAAAGAAAUGGGAUUCAGAAUAUUUUGCACAAAGAGCAAAAGAUAGAGAAGCAGGUUUAUUAGUUGACGGUGAUGGUGAUGAGGAAGAUGAAAUAUCAAAAAAAAGACAAAGAAUGAACCAAAAUAAUAUAAUUGAUCCAGAUAAACCUUUAUCAUUCUUUAAAGCAAGAGAUGAAGAUUUAAAUCUUAUUAAUAAAGUUGGUAAAACUACAAUAGUUCAAGGUGUUACACCAACUGAUAAACAUGGUGGUUUCUAUUGUGAUGUUUGUGAUGUUAGUUUUAAAGAUUCAAAUUCAAUGUUAGCUCAUGUAAAUACUAAAAGACAUAAUAGAUUAAAAGGUGUUAGUAUGAGAGUUGAAACAUCAACAUUAUCACAAGUUAAAAAUAAAUUAAAAAAAGGAAAAGAAGAUAAAUUAUUAUCAAAAUUAAAUGAUGGUAAAAAGGUAACUGAAAAAGAUUUACAAUUAAAAAGAGAUCAAGAAUAUGAAAAAAUUAUAAAAAAUAUAAAAGAAAAAGAAAAUGAUGAAUCUACAAACCAACAAGAAUCUAUUAAUAAUCCUAAUGAUAAUAGUAAAGACAAUUUAAAUAAAAAUGAAAAUGAAAAUGAAAAUGAAAAUGAAAAUGAAAAUGAAAAUGAAAAUGAAAAUGAAAAUGAAAAUGAAAAUGUAAAUGUAAAUAAAAAAGAAAAAGAAAAUGAAAAAGAAAAAGAAAAUGAAAAAGAAAAAGAAAAAGAAAAAGAAAAAGAAAAAGAAAAAGAAAAAGAAAAAGUUGAAUAUGAAGAAGAUGAAUUUGAUUAUUCUUCUUUUGGGUUACCUUCAAAUUUUGGAACUACUAAAAAAUCAAAAUAA